UUAUUUAUUUGGCUUAAAGGAUGGGUUCACAAUUGUUCAAGUGUGUUUUAAAGCAACAGUCAGGAGCCCAAAUGAACAUAGUCAGCUGUCCAAAGAUGAAGGUCAACAGGAGCAGGAUUACAGAGCGGGCUGCAGUGGUACUGGUGGACAGGACGGAGGAUGCUUGGUCAGCUACCUCAGGAGAACAGGACUGAUGGAAGAAAAGUGCGACAAUCCGGAAACUGUGUUACUGAUACAGAGGAAGCAGCUUGUCAGUGUUGUUAACGGUCCCCGGAAACAGCAGCAGAGUGAGAAGUCUCGCUCUCACUGCUCUCUGCUCUGUGUCCCCGGAAACAGCAGCAGAGUGAGAGGUCUCCGCCCCUCGCUGCUCUCUGCUUUAGGAAACGUGGCCUUAUCGACUCUCAGCAGCGCCGCUGGAUGAAUGAGACUCUUUCAGCUUCAUAGCCUCCGUGUGUCCGUCAGUCUCCGCCACACAGCUACAGCUCUGAACCACCAUGUCUGAGGCAGAACCAGCCCCGGCCUCGGCCCCGGAGGCCGUCGCCGCCGCCGUCCUGGACGCCCUGAACGCCACGGACUCCAACGGGACCGAGGCGCUGAACGCCACGGCCAAAUUCGUGGCCACCCCGGAGGGCACGGCGCUGGCGUACGGGAGCCUGGUGUUCAUGGCGCUGCUGCCCAUCUUCUUCGGAGCGCUGCGGUCCGUCACCUGCUCCAAAUCAAAGGAGCUCGGAGAAAAUGGUUACGAUUCUGGGUUCAGAAAUGCGUCAGACAUGCCAGAGACCAUCACCAGUCGAGACGCGGCGAGGUUCCCUAUCAUCGCCAGCUGUACUCUGUUUGGACUCUACCUGUUCUUCAAGGUAUUUUCUCAGGAGUACAUCAACCUGCUGCUGUCCGUCUACUUCUUUGUUCUGGGCGUCCUGGCUCUGUCUCACACCAUGAGUCCUCUGAUGUCCGCAAUCUUUCCAGCUUCUUUCCCAAACAAACAGUACCAGCUGCUCUUCACUCAGGGCUCCGGAGAGUCCAAAGAAGAAAUAGUCAACUAUGAGUUUGACACCAAGAACCUGGUGUGUCUGGUCAUCAGCAGUGUGGUGGGAGUCUGGUACCUCUUCAAAAAGCACUGGAUAGCCAAUAACCUGUUUGGCCUGGCGUUCGCCCUGAACGGAGUGGAGCUGCUCCACCUGAACAACGUCAGUACCGGCUGCAUCCUGCUGGGGGGGCUGUUCGUCUACGAUGUUUUCUGGGUGUUCGGUACCAACGUCAUGGUAACGGUUGCCAAGUCCUUCGAAGCACCAAUCAAAUUGGUGUUUCCUCAGGACUUGUUGGAGAAAGGUCUUGAAGCCAGUAACUUCGCUAUGUUGGGUCUGGGCGACAUCGUCAUCCCAGGGAUCUUCAUCGCCCUGCUGCUGCGCUUCGACGUCAGCCUGAAGAAGAACAGCAGGACGUAUUUCUACUCCAGUUUCCUGGCCUACAUCUUCGGACUGGGCCUCACCAUCUUCGUCAUGCACACCUUCAAACAUGCACAGCCCGCUCUGCUCUACCUGGUUCCAGCCUGCGUCGGCUUCCCCGUCAUCGUAGCGCUGCUCAAAGGGGAACUCACAGAGAUGUUCAGGUACGAGGAAACCUCUCCUGAGGAGGCGGAGACUAAAGAUGACUCGUCAGACUCAGAGAAGAAGGACCAGUAGCAUCCAUCGCUGCUCCUCCCCGCCCCGCCCUGCCCCCCCUCCCCCACCCCCCAUCCAGCCUGCUGCCGCCACAUUUCACAGAAGCCCCUCCCUCUCCCGCCUCUCCAGCUUCCUCUUUGUCGCCGGGGGGAACGGGGCUCAUGUUGCCAACGUGUUUGUCUCUGAUAACAAUGGGAACGGCUGCUGGUCUCCGUGGUAACGGCUGCUGCCGUGCUACCGGCGGCGGUGUUGUAAUUAAAGGUUGUUAGGUUACAACAGUUCAGACUCGGUGCCUCCAUGAUUCCUCUGUCCGCCUGCCAGCUGCACUCACACAGGAACACCGAGCAAUAUGUCCGUUUAUAGGAUCAAUAGUGUUUCUAUAAUCAAUAGUGUCAAAGCAGCUGCAGCGGCAGAUCCGAUCUUCUUGUGUGUUUGCAGCUCGUCGGCUCAGAUAGACGAGGAAACCGUCUGAAUGGAGCGCUUGUUUUAGCUUUUAACAGCCUCAAAAGUGGAGAAAUCACACAGUAAAACAGGUGCUUCAGUGGUUUUCUUGUUUCUUUUCACGUUGAAGCCUUCAGACAAAGAACCACAUUGAAAUCAUCUCGUCUAUCGGAGCUGAUCGUGAAACUGAUGCACCACUCCUGCUUAUUGUUUUUUGGGAAGUUGUUCUUGGUCUGGAGGCUUCUUCCUUCCUGCCGGGCUGCUCGUCACUCUGCCUUCUGCUUUCUCACAUCCGCGUUUUCUCUUCUGUUGUUUCUUUGACUCUGUUUUAGUUUUUUUUUAUGUGAAAGGCCAGAAUUUUACGAUGAAAACUUGAGGUAAAAGUUUCCGUUUUUAUCUGGAUACGGUUGGUUGUUGGUUCUUCUGAAUCCUGACUGUACGUGAGUCAGUUCAGCGGUUUCUAUCCCAGCUUAUAGAAAUGAAAUAACAGAUAAUCAGGCCUGUGGUGAGAAUAUCAAUCUGAAAACCUGCAGUGAUCAAACUGCUUUUUCACUGAUGGACCUUUAACGUGUUUGUUGGGUUCAGACGCAGCAGCUUCGUCAUGUUGUUGUCUGAUACAGACGGUUCUUAUUUUCAGUUUGACUUCCUUUACAGCAGUGUUUCUCAACCUUCGUGGCUUCGCUCCCCGUAAAGUCAAACUGUGUCUGCUCGUCUGGUUUUUCUUUCUCAGAUUUUUUUAAUUUUAUGCUUUUUUUUUUUAGGUCUAAAGAGGUGAAAAGUUAAAUACAAAAAAAAUAAACAUUAUUUUGUGCAACAGAAAAAGUGUUUUUCUUUCUUACCCCUUUAUGACCUUUAAUGACCUUGUGACCCUGAGAUUUAUCUCAGGAGUCCCUAAUAGGUGAGGUCUGAGGUCCCCACACCUCAGUUUGGAAACACUGCUUUAAAGGGAGGGAUACAAAUCAUUAAUAUUUCAUGUGACUGCUGACGCUCAGAGACAGUCUGCAGUGAGAUCAACAGUUUAUUCAUCCAACCAAGAGUCAUAACAAGAUAUUUAUUGUGACAAAGAAAAGCAGCGAAUCCUCACUAGAGCUCAAAUCAUUCAUUGAUUAUAAUUAUAGUUGCCAAUUCAUUUUCUUGACUAAGUGAUUGAUUAUUUCAGCUCUACAGGCAGUUUUUGCUUCAUCCUGAUGGAUCUAAACUAAAGUUAAAGAGUUUCCAUGUUGGUUUCUAGACUGGAAACCAACAACUGACUGGAAAACUGAAAAAAAACAAACACAUUAAACAUGAAAUUCUUGUUUGGAAAUGUGUCAGUAGAAACAAAGUGUUGAUCAUUUACAGUUAACAUUCCUGUUUAUCAUCCAUCAGUUUUCAGCUGUUUUUAAAUCCAUCAAACAGCUUUCAGAGGUUUGAACCCUGCUUUCAUCAUCAAAGUUUUCUUGCUGUGAAACAUUCAGACUGUGAAUGGAAACCAGCGGCUGCCUGGAAGCAUAAAAACAUCCAGAAAUCCUAAACUAAAGGUGCUUUUGAACACGGCUGAUUUGUUCUAAAUAGACUUAAAACAUUGUAAGAACACCGGCCGGUGUGUUAAACUUCUACCUGGGAGGAUAAAUAAAGGUUCAGAUGGACGACGGCUGUAGUUAGAAACCAACAGGGACCAAAUGUUUUCUUCAGCUCCUCACAGUCUGAAGAGUUGAGUUAUUUAACCCGACGGCAGGUGAGCGUUUACCUGCGCUGGUAAAUAAAGUUUUGGUGAAAUCAUUUGUACGCUUGUUUUCAGUUUUAAAGUUCUGGCCUGUGAGAGGAGUAAAGGGAGGAGGAGGAGGAGGAGGAGGAGGAGGCAGACUGAACCUCCUCUGCUGAACACUUCCAGUCUUCAUUCUCAAAUCUUAUUGGCGGAGAGGCCGUGAAAGGGGAGGAACCCUGCGGCCUCCUCCUCGUCCAAUGAGCUGUGAGAACGAGCCACGGCGAUGUGAUGCGAGGCGUUUUUUUCUCAGAAGCGUCUUCAGACUGUAACAAGUCGAGUCAGUUUAGUUUGUAGAGACAAAUAUCACACAUCAGUAACUUCCUGUCAUCAGACCCUCAAAUAAAAAACUCCCUAAAACCCUUUAACGGGUUUAAGAAAGCUCAGGAACAAGAGGAGGAAACCCUCUGCAGGACGGACAGACAGGAAGUCCUGUUGUUGUUUUCCUUCCUGUUUCAGAUCAGAACCAAACAGCAGCAUCAGUAUCAUCAGUACGUUACCACAGUAACCGAAACAAAAACAGCAGGUCCAGACAGGAAAUAUGAUCAUAAACUACUGAAUAAUCCACCAGCUCAUAUCUCCGUCUCCAAACGAAGACGUGGAACUGUUGCUGUUGUCGGCGUUUCGUUAAGAUGAACCACUGCGUUCGUUUAGACGGGACGUCUGAGUCCGCUACUCGUCCGUGACAAGUUUAAACAUCAUGGAUGUGUAAUGAGAGCUGGAUACUGGACUGAAAAUGACGUCUGUUCAGUCCAAUAAGAACUCGCCUGGCACCAACAACAGUUUCUAUCUUCUGUGUCGUGCGGCUCUUAAGUUCCCGCUUUGGUUCACAGAGUUUUACAUUGUGGUGACGUCACAGAUUUUACAAAUAUAAAACCUCAAUGGAUCAAAACAUUCAUAACAGAAAGAGUCAUAACUGAUGUUUGCAGUUCGAGACGUCCUGUCAACAGUUUUACAGACGUUAAGGGGGGAUUUUUUUGCUGCAGUACCACAAGUGACCACUGGGAGAAGCUAGCUAGCUAGUUAGCGAUGACGGCGUUUCAGCUCUUAUUAAACAUCCAUAGAUUUACAUGACAGCUGGCCUAACGGCAUAUAUAAUAUAAUUUUUGCUGUAAAAAUAAUAAUAAUCACUCUCACAUUUAAUAACGGUUAUUAUUUUACGGUUUUUGUUCAGUUUGAAGUCAGAAGAGCUGUGACGUGUUUAAACCGCCGUCUGAUUGGUUACAGUUUAAAUCUCUACGUCGUGAUUCGCUGCAGAAAAAAAAGCCGCUCCGACUGGAAGUUUUCAGCGUCAUUCAGCUCGAUGUUCUUGAUGUUGAUGCUUUAUUAAGAAAUGCACAGUUUUGUAUUUUGAUGUAAAAAAAAAAACUGAAUAAAAAAAAAAAAAGAAGAAAGGAUCAUGUUCAUGUUCAGCUCAGUGAAAGUUCAGUAUCCCCUCAUCAUCGUUUGAAACAUAAUGUACCUGAAAUGUUUUCUUUCUCUCUGGUUGUGUUUUUGUGCAGGCGGUCCUUUUAUGGCGCCGUUAUAUCUAUUUUAUUUGCAAUAAACUUUUUGGUGUUUUGAUCACCGUAUAGAGAAGCAAAAA